UUUUGGAGGCGAGAGCUAAAGACUAGAAGCUCCUCAUCCAGCGGCUGCCCCGCGCUGAUUCGGCCGGUAUUCUGCACCUCUCGUCCAGCGGCACAUCUCCGCCUCCUCUCUGGGGCUUGUUCGGGUAGCCGGGCGAGAAAAACGGAGAGAUGCGCGCAGGGUCCUUGAACGCCACAAAGAAGUUCCCGAGGCUGACAGAAAGAGGACUCUCCUGUUGAUUCAGCUCUUCUUUCCACCCCGCACAUUUCAGGAAUAUUCCAGGAGAACACUUCUCACCUCUAUAUGGCAAAGUUCCUGGCUGAAUUACUGGGAUGCACACUUCCAGACAAGGGCACUCCACCUUUGUUCGAGUGUCGCCAAUCCCAUCUCGGACUGAGGCCUUCCUCCAAACAGCGGCCAACAAUUUUUGGGACAUUAACCAAUGAGAGAGCACUGUUUGACUGCAGACUGGACAACAUGCCUCAGACACCACCGUUCACGGGGCAGCUGAACACCGGCGGCUACAACAAGAACCUCUACCAGUCCAAGGAGGAAGGCUACCCCGGCCUCUUUUAUCAUGACAACAACCUGGUGUCUGGGUCCCUGGAGGCCCUCAUUCACCAUUUGGUCCCAACUGUAGAUUAUUAUCCAGAUAGAACAUACAUCUUCACCUUCCUCCUCAGCUCUCGCCUCUUUAUCCACCCAUACGAACUCAUGUCGAAGGUGUGUCACCUGUGCAUGGAGCAACAGAGACUUGGAGAUCCCCAAGCUGACAAGAUGAGAGUCAGGAAGAUUGCUCCCAAGAUCCUCCAGCUGCUGACGGAAUGGACAGAAACCUUCGCAUAUGACUUCAGGGACGAGAGGAUGAUGCGCAGCCUGAAGGAGCUGACCCACCGGCUGGCCAAUGGAGAUGAGGUUUACAGGAAGGCGGUCGGCCAGAUGAGCCAGGGCCUGAUCAGGAGGUUGACGGUGCUUAGCCAGUACGAGGAAGCACUGGUCAAGAUCAAUGCCACGGCGUCCGAGCGACUGACUGCUCUAAAGGCAAAGCCCCAGGCAGCCAUCCAGAGAGACAUGCUGUCCAUCUGCAACGACCCAUUCACUGUCGCCCAACAGCUCACACACAUAGAACUGGAGAGACUGAGUUACAUCGGACCUGAAGAAUUUGUCCAGGCCUUCGUCCAGAAGGACCCUCUGGACAACGAUAGGAGUUGCUUCAGUGAUCACAAGAAGGCCAGCAACCUGGAAGCUUAUGUUGAAUGGUUCAACAGACUCAGUUAUCUGGUGGCUACAGAAAUCUGCAUGCCUGUGAAGAAGAAGCAUCGAGCUCGAGUCAUUGAGUUCUUCAUCGACGUGGCACGCGAAUGCUUCAACAUUGGCAACUUUAAUUCCCUCAUGGCCAUCAUAUCUGGGAUGAACAUGAGUCCCGUGUCUCGGCUCAAGAAGACCUGGAGUAAAGUCAAAACGGCCAAGUUCGACAUCUUGGAACACCAGAUGGAUCCUUCCAGCAAUUUCUACAACUACAGAACUGCGCUGAGAGGAGCCACACAGAGAUCGAUCACUGCCAACAGCAGCAGAGAAAAGAUUGUCAUCCCUUUCUUCAGCCUGCUCAUAAAAGACAUCUACUUCCUCAAUGAGGGCUGUGCCAACAGGCUGCAGAACGGGCAUGUCAACUUUGAGAAAUUCUGGGAACUCGCCAAACAAGUGAGUAAGUUCAUGACCUGGAAGAAAGUGGAAUGUCCGUUUGAGAAGGAUCGCAAGAUUCUGCAGUACCUGCUGACAGCUCCAGCGUUCACGGAAGAUGCGUUGUAUCUGGCAUCCUAUGAGAGCGAAGGUCCUGAGAAUAACAUGGAGAAGGACAGAUGGAAGUCUCUGAGAUCCACUCUGCUAAGCAGGGUCUAAAGUUCUGAAGAAACCAGAAUGAUGACAAACCUGACAAGCGCGCCGUGCCCUGUAGACGCCGCUGUUGUCCAAACAAAGUAUCCCCGUGCUGGAAGGGAAAUGACAAUCUCUACUUUGGCUGGCGAGGAUCUUUUGUGUUCCCCCAGCUUCAGAUUUCUAUUAAGCUCUGCUUUUCCUUACCCUCUUGCUCUUUGUGCUGUAUAUUUCAGGACAGCUGGUUUUUUUUUCAUCUCUUUGUAUGACUUUGUAGUCUUUUUGAAAAAAAAAAAGGAAUGCUACAAACCCUCAGUAAAAGCCAAGGUGCUUGUUCUUGUCCUAAGCAGUUCACCCUGAUAAACCUUCUGUGAGCGUUAAUGGAGUCGUUGGGGUUGUUGCCCCCCCCACACUAGUUUUCAACAAGUUCUUUUCCACUGAAGCUACAAAGUUAGCUGCUGGUUGGCUAACUCAACAGAAACGCUACUGUCGCUGGUUCCAUAAGCCAGCAUUCUUCGUACGGAGGAUUCAAACCUUUCCCGCAACACUGUUCAUCAUUAUGCUAGCUAUUAUUUGCUUUUGUUUGUUUGGUUGGUUUACUUCCUUUUGUACAAUACCUGAGUAUCUCUCACGUCAUGUUUUCUAAAGGUUUUGUUAAUUGUUAUGUGUAAGAAAAAAAUGCACUGGUUGCAAUUUAAAGAUUAAGAGUAACUGAGUUUUCUUGUUUGUUUGUGUUGUAUAAAGUUUGGUGAUUUUCUUCAGCAGGAAGCAACACUUCCUUCUCGUUUAUCUUUGACACAUCAGGCCCUCGGUAUGCUUCGGAUGCAUUAGGGUGUCAGUAAGCUUCAACCAAAGAGGGUUUCAGAUGCUGUUCAACCAUACUGCGUCGGAAUUGCGGGUUUGAGAUGCUUUUGGAUGCCCUGACAAGCACUUCAUGUGAAGCAUACCGGGGCCUUUUAGCAGUGAGCUUAAAUGGAAGGUGUGAUGAUAGUGUGUUUCCUGUUGUUCCUGAUAAUCAGUGUUUAAAAUAGCCCACAGGCUGGCUUAUGUGCUCAGCAGCAGAGGGCUACUAUUCAUACUUUCCCCUUUUGUUCCUGCUCUGAUGUAGAAAACGAGUGUGGUUGUGCUGCCCCCUGGUGGUUCAGUCAGAAAAGUGAAUGGAUUUCAUGUGGUUGAAUAAUGUGAACGGAGGAUUUCUGUUUAAACCCUAGAUAUGCUUAAUAAUAUCCUGUUUAUGUUUUUAUUUUUUCAUAUUAAAAAGUAAAGUUUCCACCAUAUGUUUUAUUUAUAAAUCUAUUUGUGUAGUCACAUUAUGUCCUCAUGCCAAUAUGUACUAUUAUUUUAUUGUUAUUUAAUUUUGUACUAGGUACAUGACAUGCUUAAGUAGUCCUUUAUUAUUUUUUAUACAAGUUUGUAUGAAACACUUUUUUCAAGGUACUAGCUCAGAGCAUGAAGUUAAAUACUUUUGACUGAUAUCUGCUUUGCCUUGCUUUGCUCCUCCCUCAACACUGAGCGCUGUUGUGGUUUAUUGUACAUACUGUUUCUUUUUUUCCUCCCUGUGUUCAUUCAUUUGUAUUUGGACUGUUAAAAUGGAAUAACAGAACCGUUUAUAAAUGAAUUAGUAGUGUUUAAAAGAGAGUUAAUAAAAUGUUUAAAAAAUA